GGCCACAGCGCCAACAAGUAACCAAAUUAGCAGCGAAAUCGACAACCCUAGCCUUACAAUCUGCCGCGCCCAAGCUCCCGCUACAGGCUCGACAGACAUCAAGCAUUCAAGCCUGGCCGUCGGCGAAUUACUACAAUGGCGACUGCUCAGGGCAGCCAGAACAAUGGGGAUAUGUUGAUGCUGGAGGCCGCUCCAGAUGCUUCUCGUCCCUGGUCAAGCGCUUCCAAUGCAGAAAUUAUCGACGCGUUGCCCUACAUCGACGAAGACUACGGAAAUCCUUCCAUCAAGGCAGAAGUAGACCGCCUGGUGGAGGAAGAAAUGCGAAGGAGCUCCAAGAAACCCGCGGACUUCCUGAAGGACUUGCCUCCCUUACCUCGCUUCAGUUUCGAGAACUAUCCGAUGCUUGCCAAAGAAUAUGAACGCGUGAGAGCAGGGAAGCCUCCAGUUGCUAUUGAUUUUUCGCGAUAUGCCCAUUUGGAUCAGCCUUCUGCAAAUAAGGUGAAUGAUGAAACUGCCUGGAAGCAAUCACUUCAGAGAGCACAACGCUUGCUUCAGCAUCAAGUUCUUAGGGUGGAGAAUUUGGACUUGAUGUCAAAAUAUGGUCCUGAUAUAUGGGUACAGAACAACCGGCAACUAGAAGGAAUUUUAUCCAGGAUGCAGAAACUGGCUCAGGAACACAAUGAAAAGAUUGAAGCAGUAAACCGUGAGAGGAAGUACCAUCAGCAAACAACUGCAUACGAGCUGAAUGCCCUGUCAACACAGUGGAGAGAGCUUACCUUGAAAAAUAUCGAAAUUCAAGCAGCAUGUGCUAAUGUCCAGAGGCAGAUAGAUGAGCUGAAGGUUGAAGCCUCCGAGAGAGGAUGGAACUUGGAAGCCAGCAUAGAGAAUGGUUCACAGUUGCACUGAGUAAAUUAUCAGGAUGAUAAGUAGGAAUGGAGAAGUGGAUCUCUACUCUCUUGUUAGAAGCGGCAUGGUACACUAUCAGGAACUUGCUGCAUGCUGUUCAGUCAGCCUGUGGUGAUUUCACUCAUCUGUGUCGAUAGCCUCGCAGCGACGCGGCUCAACGUGAUAUGAGAGGUCGUGGUUUGAAAGUACUGUAAACAUAUAUAGUACGUUGAGCUUGUGGCCAUUUAUCCAGAGCUACUAAGAACCUGAACCAUAUCAAGUCGUUAUGUAUUUAGAAUGACAGUGGAAGUCUACCCUACCAAUUGCUGAUAUAUAUAUAAACAUAAACAUAGUAUGUGUUGCAACUUGCAAGUACACGAUGCAAUUACAAGUGCCCGACAACGUCCUUUCCAAGACAGUUGUUGCGGCAGAGCGAGAAGUUGGAAUUAGGUAAUUAAUUCUUUCAUAACGUGAAUAUCACUUAUAGUGUAGUAAAAUUAAUUUAUGACAAUCAAUUAAUAAUAAGUUUUGGUAAAUUG